UGUGGCGAAAAUGCUGGCAAACAUUCUUCACACAAUCACACUUCGAUUUACUGACUGCAGAUGCCCAAAAGAAAAAGGUCCUGACAAAAAGAAAGGAAUUGCAAGUACAAUUUCAGUAGUUGGGUUAGGCUCUACUCGUCAUUACUAUAUUUUUCCUUUCACCUUGCAAUCUGAAAGUUUACAGUUCCUGUACCAAAUGUAUCUAUCUGUUCUGUUUUCUUUUUUGUUUCAUAGAGAAAUACAUGUAGAUCACGAAGAAAUUAUGAUAACAAAAACGAUUAAGACUUUUUUGAGGGAGAUGGAAAUUCUUGAGAUAUCUGUGCUCUGAAAUGAUUUAAGUAACCUUUUCCGAACAGAUCGUAGUACUCUUGCUGUCCUGCAGAGGAACGUCUCUCCUGGAGACAUGCAAAGCCAUCCAGACAUAUUUCACUGUGCUGGUCAACAGUCAACAGUCAGCACUGAUUCACUGUGCUGGUCAAAUGAAAAUUCAGACUGACUCUUGUUUUGGUGUUUGUUAUUAUUUGUUGAAAGACUCUGAGUCUACUCCCCCGGUACUAUAUUCAGCGGCACCAGAUUUCUCUGGUUUUGUAGCUCUAGGUACUAUAUUCACUGUAUCUCGUUCAGGAGCGCCCUCCAUCUUCCUCUUCCAGCUGGUGUGGAGGCUGAGCUGCAUCCGGUCUCUGUUGGCCAUAGGAGCAUGGCUGCAGAAAUGGAACAGCCACUUCGGGAAUCCAUGUCCGUGGACAUCGAAGAGGAACCACGCACUGGAAAUGGAUCGAUCGUUGAGAACCCCCCAUCUGACCUGGUGAAAUCAGAAUCUGACCGAAUAAAAACUUUUUAUCAGACGGUCCUGUCGGCUAUCAUGGUGUUCGUCACGGUGGCGCUAUCAAGCUACAAGGACAUGAAGCCCCUUUACUCGACCACAAGCCACAGCAAAGCUCGCCUCAGCAGCCUCCUCGUCGACGAGGGAUUAUUCAUAUUCAUGACCUUCUUGUGUGCUGUGGUCCUAAUGAUGUCUGAGUUCUUCGUGUACCAGUAUAGCCGGCGGGGCCGUGCCUGGUGCUGGGUUCUCACCAUCCUCGUCGCAGUCACCGGCGUGAUGCUAAUCGUGGCUGACACAAUCCUCCUCAUCGUGGCGAACCGAAGCAACAUGUUACUGUCAGUUCUUCUCGGGCCGGUGGUGUUGCUUGUCGGUGUGGCCGUGAGCACUGGAGCAUGGAUGCUGGAGGAGCCCAGCUCGGACUCGGAGCUUGGAAAAAGGUACGACGCGGCCAUGAAGGUCACCUUUGAUAUGGCCACCGUUGGCACCAUUGUCUCCUUCACUCUUCAGGGGGGUGUCGCCUUUAGCUACCUGAAGACCCCUGGCACUGGCAGUAAUAAUCAUCAGGUGAAGCGUGACCCGCCGCUGGACCUCGCUGCGUGCUACGCCACCUCGACGCUCUCCCUGAUCGCUAUGAUGGUGUGCGCCAUGCCGCUGGCGCUUCUCCCAGACGACAUGCUGAAGGUUCUCGUCGGAGUCGUCGAGAGGCUCAGGAGUGCUGUGCUGGCCGCUCUGGCGGUGAUGGCGCUGGUCGUCUCGGUGGAGUUCCUGGACGGCUUCGUCGUGCUCUCCUUCUUCCCGGAGGCCGUCACAAUUGUCCUGUGCUUUGCGGUGAAGCUGUUCUCGGCGUGUCAAACCCGAGAGCAGAGCUCACCGCUUGACUUCACCUUCACCUUCCGGAUCGUUGCUGCCGCGGGGUUCACGCUAAUGACCGGGCUCUAUGCGGCUUUCAUGGGGACAGAUCACUAUGGCUUGUACCUCAGGACCGCUAUGUUCAUCCUGUUACUUGCAGUUCUGUCAAGCUUGAGCCGUCUGGCAAUCCCACUUCAGCCUAGAGUUGGAGGAGGAAUCAUCGAGUUCGGCACUACUGGUGUCGCUCUCGCUUUUCCCCUGCUGGCGCUUCUGGCUGCUAUUCCAUUGGUGCUCCUUGUCUUCGUCGACCACUACGUCAACCGCUAGUCUUUGGCUGUUUGUUGGGGACCGGCACAAUUCUUGCUGUGGUAGGGUACAUGCUGUAGAGUGCCAGGAGUAACCUUUUUAUUGCUGCAUUGGCACGGGAUACCCUUCUCUAGUACUUCGCCCGUUUCAAAUUAUAAAUCAUCUUGUUCUUUCUAGAUGUACAGCGCAUAGCAUUUAUCUAAAACAUAGGACAAUUUAUAAUUUAAAAUGGAGGGAGUAUAUAUAUAUAGUAUAUCAAUAUAAUCGCUCCAACCAAA